AUGUUGGUCUUCAGCAUAGAGCUAAAAGAUACUGAUCUCCGUGUUCGCUUCUCGUUCCCAACUAGUUCCUUACGGCAUCUAGAUUUCGGGAGAAAUAAUUUUGUUGAUUUGUAUGUUAAAGACAGCAGUGAUGAGCUUCGGGUGAUUCGUUGCAGGAAAAGAGAUGGGGAGUACGACAAGCCAGUGCUGUCUAAAGGUUGGCUUCAAUUUGUUUCCGAUUAUAAUCUGAGGGUUGCUGACAAGGUUGUUCUUCUUCGUGAGGACGACCCUCACCUCGGGUCUCAGUUCAGGAUCGAAGCAAAGAGGAAAAUCAUCUUGUAUGGUGAGGAGACUUGGGAUUCCCUUCCUCUUAAAGCUUCUAAACAGGGAAAAUGUGAGGCAACUUCAGCAAGAGGCUCACUCGUGCCAGGGAAGCUUUGUGCUCCACAAGCUGGCAUCCCUGUCCAAUCUCAAUCUGAAGUGGACUUGAACCUGUCGGCCAAACUAUAUUCUGCUUUGAGAAUGCUUCGGACUGUUCUUGUUAAAGAAGCUGGAGAGGGAGUUAUGGUAUACCACAUAUUUGGUAAUGCUACACUGCAGCACUUGAGCAAGAGAAUUCCAAGAACAAAGGAAGAACUCCUGGAGAUCAAUGGCAUUGGAAAGGCCAAGGUCAGCAAGUAUGGAGAUCGGUUGCUGGAAACCAUUGAAUCUACUAUUAGGGAACACCAUAAGGCAGAGAGAAAUAGUAGCAGUAGCAAUGAAAGUACUGAUUCAACGAAGAGGAGAAAUGCAAGUAAGUCUCCAAAUGGAAAUAUGGAAGAGGAUGAUGAAUUCACUAAAAGCACUGGUCGGUCAAAGAAAAGGGCAGCAAUGAGGCAGAGCAAAGGUUCCGAGGUUCCUAAUUCUGUGGAGCCAGAUUACUGCAACCAAUUCCUAGAUGAUGAGCUGGAUUUUGUCCAUUCCUAUCAUGAUAUAGAAACUAAUGGCUCAGAAGUAAAGGCUGAACAGAAUGUUACGGGGAGACUGCUGCCAUCAUGGUAA